GGAAAGAGACCCAAUUGUCAUGCUUUCCAAGUUUCAGAAGUCAUAAUAAGAAGAAAAUCAACAAACACUACCCCUCAUAAAAGCCCAAAGCCAUCCCCUUCUCCCUGUACUCUCUAUUCCCAUCUGAAACAACCUCCAUUGCCCAGACCAGCCAUGGCAGACCCUCCUAGCCCCUACCACCUCUGUUCCUUUCUUCCCAGCAGAAAUUCUAGUUUCGCCAAUAGUGAUGGGGAUGUUAAUAACUCAACGUUUCUUCGCGGAAACACAUAUGAUUUAAAUAGCAAGAGCAUGCUCAUUGCAAUUGCAUCAUUAGUAUUUGUUGUAGUACUAGUUGUACUUCUUCAUCUUUGUGCAAGAUGUGUCUUCGCACGCCAAGCCCGUGAAAGGGCUAUGAUUCGCAGCCUAGGACUCACAAUCAACGCUGUCAAUAACCACUCUGACGAGCCAACGAGGACCGGCAUUGAGCCGGCGGUCAUUGCUUCACUUCCCAUAUUUGUCUACAAGCAAACUGGCAAUGGCGAAAAUGAUGAUGAUGAUGAUUCAUCAAUAGAAUGUGCUGUCUGUUUAAGCGUUCUUAAGGAUCAAGAAAUAGCAAGGCUUUUACCUAAUUGCAACCAUACUUUCCAUGCAGACUGUAUAGAUAAAUGGUUAAGCUCACACCCUACUUGCCCCAUCUGCCGCACGGAGGCUGAGCCAAGGAUUCAACCGGUGCCCCGCGAGGGUCCGGCCAUGGGUGGUGCAGCCACAACUCCGCCGUUGGAGAGGGUGGAUUCUACAUUAAUGGUGUACGUAGAGGGGACUUCAGGAGGUGUAAAUCAAUGCUCUAGCAAUAAGGCUGGCGGUUCCAUUUCUCGGUUGAGCUCUUUACAAAGGAUUCUUAGCCGGGAAAGAUCAUCAAGAAGACUUCAAUCUCAGGUUCAAGAAGAUGGUUUUCAAGAUCUAGAGACGCAAUAGUUUUUGUUAAUAGCAUCGGUUUACGCUGGUUAUUUUAUUAUAGCAUCGGAUAUAGUUAGUUAGGACAUAAUACAAUCAUAAAUUGCUUAGGCUUUACAUAAGGUGAUGAUAUCUAUACACUGUAAUGAGUGCCUUAAACUGUUUGAUGGUUUUAUUUUAAUUUUUAUGAGGAUUAUUAUUAUUAUUAUUAUUUUA